UGCCUGGAUGUCCCUCUAUGUACCACCACACUGAGGGCUACCCCACCCCCCAGCACAGCAAUGAAGGCUAUCUGUUUGAGAACGACUCCCGCGUGGUUCCAGAGAAGUUUGAAGCUGAGGUGAAGCAGGAGGGCGGCAGUGUUUUUCGCGAGGGCGCACCCUACCAGCGCCGAGGCUCCUUGCAGCUCUGGCAGUUCCUGGUGGCCCUGCUGGACGACCCGAGCAACGCCAACUUCAUCGCCUGGACCGGCCGCGGCAUGGAGUUCAAACUCAUUGAGCCCGAAGAGGUUGCCCGGCUGUGGGGAAUGCAGAAGAACCGUCCAGCCAUGAACUACGACAAGCUCAGUCGCUCUCUGCGCUAUUACUACGAGAAAGGAAUCAUGCAGAAGGUGGCAGGGGAGCGCUAUGUUUACAAGUUUGUGUGUGAGCCCGAGGCCCUCAUCUCCCUGGCCUUCCCCGACAAUCAGCGGCCCAGCCUGAAGGCCGAGUUUGAGCGCUACGUCAACGAGGAGGACACGGUGCCCCUGUCCCACCUGGACGAGGGAGUGCCCUACGCCACAGAACAAGCCCCCCAAAACAUGGGCCCCCAGCCCUACUCCAAAGGCUACAUGUACUAAAGCCAGCCAGCCCCCACCCUCCCUCCUUUCUCCCCCCUUCAGAUAUCUUCCUGUUGUAUCAACCCAUCAUCAUACACAUCCUGAAACCCCAUGCACCUCUUGCACAUGCCCACCCCUUCCACUUGUAUAUAAUAAGGCUAUGGUGUUUUUGUUUUAAAUUAAUCUCAUAAGGGAUUUUUUGUUUUAUUUUGUUUUUAAGAGCUGCAUUCCUUUCACAUCUGAUGCCUAUUCAAUCCAUAAACAUGACUGUGGUUGAAGAGAUUGCUUAAUAAAUACUCAUAAUAAUACCCAAACUGCAGUCCAGGUUCUUUUUUCUGCCUUAUGGUAUGAGUAACAUAACAUGUCAAAAUGUCAUAAACAUUUAUAGAAUAGUAUAUAAAAGAAAAACCUAUCAAAUAAAAGUUAUGGUAUAGUAUGUUAUACAAAUUGUAUACAAAUAUCGCCG